UUCGUCGAGAAGAGCUUCACUACUUCUUCUAAUCCUUGAUCUUCGUCUACGAGUGAAGGGGGUUGUUACGAACAACCCGUCUCCAGUCACGGUUGAUGUCGCCAUUAGGGCCGAAUCUCCAAUACCGUUAACAUCUAGUUCAGCCGUUGAGGUGCCACCAUGGCCGGUCAAGAGCCUCUCCUCUCCCAACGACCCUCCUCUGAACACUCCUCCGACCGCGGCCUUGCCGAAGAAGAUGCCCUCCUCAGCGGCGAACCGCAACAGCGUUCCCCCCCCCGCCGCGGAUGGAAGUUCUACCGCGACCUAGGCCUCUUCGCCUGGGCCACCAUCGCCACUGCCCUCGUCAUCAUCCUCGCCGUCGUCUAUCAGCAGAAAGUCUCUCAGUCGACCCCCUCUCCCCCGUCCGGCAAGCGGAACCUGAUCUUCAUGGUCUCCGACGGCAUGGGCCCCACGAGCAUGACGAUGGCCCGCUCGUUCCAGCAGUACCGCGACGGCCUACCCUGGUCGCAGCAGCUCGUCCUCGAUCAGCACCUCGUCGGCACGAGCCGCACGCGAAGCAGCUCUAGCCUCGUCACCGACUCCGCCGCCGGCGCGACCGCGUUCAGCUGCGGGUUCAAGAGCUACAACGGGGCGAUCUCCGUGCUGGAGGGCCACACCCCGUGCGGGACGGUGCUCGAGGCGGCGAAGCGAGCGGGGUAUAUGACCGGGCUGGUGGUGACGACGCGGAUCACGGACGCGACGCCGGCGGUGUGGGCGUCGCAUGUGAACAUGCGGAGUGAGGAGGAUCGGAUCGCGGAGCAGCUGAUCGGGCGGGCGCACCCGCUGGGGCGGGUAGUGGAUUUAAUGAUUGGUGGGGGGAGAUGUCAUUUCUUGCCGAACACAACGGUGGGCUCAUGUAGAGAGGACGGGACGGAUGUGGUGGGGAUGGCGAAGGAGGAUGGGUGGCAGUACGUGGAUGAUCUGGAGGGGUUCAGGAAGUUGAAGGGUGGUGCGGCGGUGGACCUGCCGCUUUUGGCGUUGGUUGCGGAGACGGAUGUGCCGUAUGAGAUUGAUCGGAGGCAUCAGGAAGAUGUUUAUCCGAGCUUGGAUGCCAUGGCGAAUGUCGCUCUCAAGACGUUGAGCGAGGCGACUAAGUCGUCCGACAAAGGGUUCUUCCUGAUGGUCGAGGGCAGCAGGAUCGAUCAUGCGGGUCAUGCAAACGACCCCGCCGCUCAAGUCCAUGAGGUCCUUGCUUACGACAAGACAAUUGCAAGUGUUCUGGAAUUCCUCGACCGCGAUCCUGUCCAGGGUGUGAUGGUGAGCACAAGCGACCAUGAAACCGGUGGACUGGCCACCGCAAGACAGCUCCAUGACGAGUAUCCACAAUACCUCUGGUAUCCUUCCGUCCUCGCGAACGCUUCUCACAGCGCCUCCGAACUCGCCCAUACCUACCACGCUGAGCUGGACACCAACCCUUCUCUGAAAGUGAGCCCGUAUCUCAACGACUUGGUUGAAAAGGGGUUCGGGAUCACCGAUCCGUCCCACGACGAAAUCCAGGCACUGGUCGACUCCCCUGAUGUCGCCAGUCUACUCUUCGCUGAUAUGGUCUCCCGUCGCGCCCAGACCGGUUGGAGCACCCUUGGCCACUCGGGCGCCGAUGUUAACAUCUACGCCAGCGACGUUGAUGCUGCCAGACCACUGGUGGGUAACCAUGAGAACACAGAAGUUGGCGACUUCCUCCGAGAUUAUCUCGACCUAGACCUAGAACCUAUCACCACGGAGUUGAAUGAGAAGGGUGCUGCGAUGGACGCCCAGCAUGCGGAAGUGGAUGCGUUGGGAAAGAAGGUUAGCUGGAUGGGAAGGAUUCCGGAGAUGGAUGAACGCUUGGAUAAUAUUGAUCACCAAGAACACUAUCUGGGGGACUUCAAGAAGCACAAGAGGUGUAAUGCUUGCGGUAUCUAGGUUGUCCAUAUCCGAUCCGGAGGAAAUCAGUUUGUAGUCUUCGAUCCUAGAUCUACGGCGUUCAUGCAGGCAUUGAGGAGCGUUUGAGCCA